UUGAUAAUAGAAAAAAUAAUUUACUACAAUCUUCUACCACACGCGUUUUUCGGGUUCGACUUAAUUAACAACUUUAUGAUAUACCAUAAGCAUAACUAUACCCAGAUAAAAUCAGCCCAGUCGGCCACUCAUUAAACGUCAUUGCCAAGCAAAUAUAUGGCCACAAUGUUGAAGACCAGUAAAUUAAUCUGUUACACUCUGCCCAAGAACAAAUCACCAGCACAACUGAACAGAUACUUUCAGACACUGCAUAAAUACAAUGUUCCCCUGCAGAGAUGCUUAAACGACGUUUUGCGAAGACAGAAUCCUAUCGGUCCGGUUGUGGGUUGUGCUCGAAUGUAUGCUGCACCUUCAGAGAAAAAAGUUUUCCAGAGGGUCAAACCUCAUUGCAACAUUGGUACCAUUGGACACGUAGAUCACGGCAAAACCACACUCACAGCUGCCAUCACUAAAAUUUUGUCAUCAAAAAAAAUGGCCAAGAUGAAACAAUAUGCUGACAUUGAUAAUGCACCUGAAGAAAAAGCCCGUGGAAUCACUAUUAACGUUGCUCAUGUUGAGUAUGAAACUGAAGCUAGACAUUACAGCCACACUGAUUGCCCAGGACAUGCUGAUUACAUUAAAAACAUGAUUACUGGAACUAAUCAAAUGGACGGAGCUAUUUUAGUAGUAGCUGCAACUGAUGGAGCUAUGCCUCAAACUAGAGAACAUUUAUUAUUAGCUAAACAAAUAGGAAUCGGUCAUAUUAUUGUAUUCAUUAAUAAAGUAGAUGCAGCUGAUGCAGAAAUGGUUGAAUUAGUUGAAAUGGAAAUUAGAGAACUGUUGACUGAAAUGGGUUUUGAUGGAGACAAUUUGCCAGUUAUUAAAGGUUCAGCACUGUGUGCCCUUGAAGGAAAAGAACCUGAAAUUGGAGAAAAAGCUAUUGAAACUCUACUGAAUGAAGUAGACAAAUAUGUUCCACAACCAACUCGUGAUUUAGAUAAACCUUUCAUGUUGCCAGUAGAACAUGUUUACUCCAUUCCAGGACGUGGUACAGUGGUAACUGGCCGAUUGGAACGAGGCAUAAUUAAAAAAGGAAAUGAAUGUGAAUUUGUUGGUUAUAACAAAGUUAUAAAAUCUACAAUUACUGGGAUUGAAAUGUUCCACAAAAUCCUUGAAGAGGCUCAAGCAGGAGAUCAACUGGGAGCCUUAAUUAAGGGUACAAAACGUGAUGAUUUGAGACGUGGAAUGGUGUUGGCUAAACCAGGAACUGUCAAAAUGCAAGACUUUGUCUCAACUCAAGUAUAUGUGUUAAACAAAGAAGAAGGUGGAAAUGGUAAACCACUUGUACCUUUUCAACAAUUGCAAAUGUAUUCAAAGACUUGGGAUUGUGCUUGCCAAUUGAACAUUGUUGGCAAAGAGAUGGUAAUGCCUGGUGAAGAUUGCUCUGUUGAAUUGAAGAUGAUUAGACCCAUGGUUCUAGAAAAAGGACAGAGAUUCACGUUGCGUGUGGCUGGUGCUACAAUUGGAACUGGAGUGAUUACUGAAAUUAAGAAAAGGUUAUUAGAUGAUGAAAGGCGAGGAUUAUUGGAAGGUAAGAAAGCCCGAGAAAAGAAAAAUGCCGAAUAAGUCAAGAAGUAUUCUUCAAUGACACUGCAACUCCAGUAUGUACAUAAAGUUAUCAUUUUGUCUAUCUCUGUUCUCACAAAGUGCAUUAUUGAUAAUAUUGUAGUUUUAAUAUAUUUAAAUGUAAGCUCUAUUAUACGUUUAAUAGUUAUAUUGUACUUUUGAACGUAUUUAAAAAAAUAAAAUACAUUUUAUUAAAACAAC